CCCAAUCCAGCGCCCUGCUGCGGGGGCGAGCGCGCCUCGAGCCCCCCUCCACCAUGUUCAACCUGAUGAAGAAGGACAAAGAGAAGGAUGGGGCCCGAAAGGAGAAGAAGGAAAAGAAAGAGAAGAAGGAGCGGAUGUCGGCGGCUGAGCUCAAGAGCCUGGAGGAGAUGAGCAUGCGCCGGGGCUUCUUCAACCUCAACCGUGCCUCCAAGCGGGACUCCAAGACCCGCUUGGAGAUCUCCAACCCCAUCCCCAUCAAGGUGGCCAGCGGCUCCGACUUGCAUCUCACGGACAUCGACUCUGACAGCAACCGGGGCAGCGUCAUCUUGGACUCAGGCCACCUGAGCACGGCCAGCUCCAGUGAUGAUCUCAAGGUGGAUGACGCCAACUUCAAGGGCUCGGUGCUGCAGCGGGCGGCCAAGUUCGGCUCGUUGGCCAAGCAGAACUCCCAGAUGAUUGUUAAACGUUUCUCCUUCUCCCAGAAGAGCCGGGACGAGAGCACCUCAGAGACGUCCACCCCCUCCGAGCACUCGGCGGCCCCCUCCCCGCAGGUGGAGGUGCGCACGCUGGAGACCCAGCUCGCCAAGCAAGGGGUCCCCCCGGGACACCCCUGCACCCCUCCCGCCACCUCCCUGCGUGCCAGGGUGCCGGAGCUCGUCGGCAAGAGGUUCCCUGCCGAGCUGCGGCUGCCCGCCUUGGUGCCCCCGCAGCCCCCCACCCCGCGGCAGCUGGAGCUGCAGAGGCGCAACACCGGCGAUUUCGGCUUCUCCCUACGCCGCACCACCAUGCUGGACCGGGCGCCCGACGGGCAGGUGUACCGGCGCGUCGUGCACUUUGCCGAACCCGGAGCCGGCACCAAAGACUUGGCAUUGGGGUUGGUGCCAGGUGACCGGCUAGUGGAGAUCAAUGGGCGAAACGUGGAGAACAAAUCCCGGGAUGAGAUUGUGGAGAUGAUCCGGCAGUCAGGGGAGACGGUGCAGCUGAAGGUGCAGCCCAUCCUGGAGCUGAGCGAGCUGAGCCGCUGCUGGCUGCGGGGCGGCCAGGGGACACGCCGUGCUGCCUGGGAUGUGAGAGACGCAGGCGGCUCCCCCCAGCUGGAGGAGCAGCUGAGCCGGCUGCAGCGGGAGAAGAACGAGGUGCAGAGUCGGCUGGAGGAGGACCAGGAGGACAUGAAUGAGCUGAUGAAGAAGCACAAGGCGGCUGUGGCCCAGGCGUCCCGGGACCUGGCACAGAUGAACGACCUCCAGGCUCAGCUGGAGGAGGUCAGCAAGGAGAAGCAGGAGCUGCAGGAGAAGCUGCAAGGCCUGCAGAGCCAGCUGGAGUUCCUGGAGCAAUCCAUGGUGGACAAGUCGCUGGUGAGCCGGCAAGAGGCCAAGAUCCGUGAGCUGGAGACCAGGCUGGAGUUCGAGCGGACGCAAGUCAAGCGCCUGGAGAGCCUGGCCACACGCCUGAAGGAGAACAUGGAGAAGCUGACGGAGGAGCGGGAUCAGCGUGCGGCCGCCGAGAACCGGGAGAAGGAGCAGAACAAGCGGCUGCAGCGACAGCUCCGCGACGUCAAGGAGGAGAUGGGCGAGCUGGCCAAGAAGGAGGCAGAGGCCAGUCGCAAGAAGCAUGAGCUGGAGAUGGACCUGGAGAGCCUGGAAGCCGCCAACCAGAGCCUGCAGUCAGACCUGAAGCUGGCCUUCAAGCGCAUCGGGGACCUGCAGGCAGCCAUCGAGGAUGAGAUGGAGAGCGACAGCAACGAGGACCUCAUCAACAGUUUGCAGGACAUGGUGGCAAAGUAUCAGAAAAGAAAGAGUAAACUCGACGGCGACUCAGACGUGGACUCGGAGCUGGAGGAGCGCGUGGACGGGGUGAAGUCCUGGCUCUCCAAGAACAAAGGCUCCUCCAAAGCGCUCUCGGAUGACGGCAGCCUGAAGGGCAGCAGGUCAGCCCCGCCGGACGGUCCCGAGGGCGAGGAGCGGCCGGUGUCAGUGUUGAGCUGCCUCAGCUAUAGGAAGCGGCCGGGCCUCAAGGACUCCAUAGGUGGCCAAGGGGAUGAGCAGACGCUCUUCAGCGCGCUCAGCGAGCGACCGCCUUCCCCUGAGCGCGCUGCCCGCCGGGCGGCUCGGAGCGGCGAGCCCGAGGACCGGGCAGCCAUCAUCGCCCGCGCCUUUGCCGAUGCCAGCGGCCGGGCUCGGCAAGGGCUGGGCAAGCGUUGGUCCCUCUCUGCCGCCGACGGCGAGAAAGCCUCCGUCGCCUCCGCCCCGGUGAGCCGGGCCUCCUCCGCCUCCUGGCGCGGGCUGGAGGACGGGGACGAGGGGGACGAGGGGUGCUCGGUGCUGAGCUUCGCCCUCUCCAGCCCCGGGAGCUUGCGAAGCCGGCGCGGGGGGCCCGAGGGUCGCCCCGAGUCGCGGCUCUCCCUGGCCCGCAGCCGCCUGGAGGAGGUGGACGAGGGGUCCCGCGGGCAGCCCCCCCUGGGACGCAGCUUCUCCGUGCCCCCUCGGCCCCGCAGCACCGCCUCCGAGGAGGGGGGUCCCGGGGACGCCCGCCCCGUGGGGCACCGCUCCUACCUUGACCCCGACCUGGAAGCCGCCAUCCAGGAGGUGUUGAGCUACCGCCCGCCACGGGCCAGGGGCUGCUCCAGCCCCGAGGCCGAUUCGGGGGACGACGGCCGGAGUGUACGGAGCGUGCGGAGCGCGGCCCCCCUGGGUGCCGCCGACCGCCCCCCCGGCAGCCUCCGUCGCUCCGCAUCCGCCCUUGACUUCUCCCGGCGUGCUGGCCGGCGCCGCAGCAGCUCGGUCUCCUCCGAGGAAGAGGAGGAGCGAAAGAAGAAGAGUGCCAAGAAGCGCGCCAAGAAGGCCAAGAAGAAAUCCAAGAAGAAGAAGAAGCAGCAGUCAUCGUCCGACUCACGUUCCUCCUCCGAUUCCUCCUCCGAUUCCUCCUCCGGCUCCACCAGCUCCUACCGCAGCACCUCCAGCGUCAAGAAGGGCCCGCAGGCAGUGGGGGGCGAGGAGCUGGGACAUCCCGGACGGGGCAAGAAGGAGGAGAAGCAGCGUAAGAAGCAGGUCGACAGCCUGAUGAUGAAGUACUUGUACCGGCCCGAGAGCGACUGAGGCAGGAGCCCCCCGAGCUCCCGGCACCACUUCGCCUACAACAGAUGGGACGAGGAGCAGGACGCCGG